AUGGACAAGAGUCUGCGUCAGUGGUUAGAAUACUGGCAAAUUGACAGCCAAAAACAGCGAGCUACUUGCGAAGAGAGACUAGCAGCGACCCUCAUAGGGUCUGGACUUGACUGGGUCCGUGAAGCCUUUACCUCUUGGCGACAAUACGAAGGCCAGUUCCCUGGUUCGCAAGGUGGUUUCCCAAUGCGUCGAAAAGCCACGAUGGAAGCAGGGCAACACCACCACCACCUCACCACAUGUGACCCUGACCGCUAA